UCUCAAGUCAGUAUUGUGUAUUCCUAUUCAAGGCUAAUCCUUUAGGAUAUGUGAGCAGUGCUGUCAGUGAUUCCUUGCCUGGUCCAAGACCUGUCUGUGCUGCUGUUUUGUCAAUUCCUAUGGUAAUUGUGAUGCCCCAAUGGCCAUGGGAGUUGGCAUGACUGCAGAAACAGAUCUGGGGCCAGGUGACUUGAUUCCAGAGAUUGAGCAUGAAAAUACAAGCUAGAUGUAAUUGCAUGUACUCUCUACUUGCAUGUAGGCCACGUGGUAUAGUCCACACCUAAUGGUAACUCCUUAUCUCUGUGUAUUAAUAAGUGAUGAAUUGGGAGUGAGUCAGCAUGGUGACUGGCUGUAAAAUGAUUUUUUUCUAAGUUUUACUUCCCUCCCUUUGAGAAGUCCACUAGUGGUCACGUGUGCUUGAGGUUGUAGCGCUGUUGGUUUAGUCAUAGGAAUUAGAAUUGAACUUUGUCAGUGUUGGAGCUAGGGGGAAAGAGCACAGGAGGGAAUAGGAAGUGAAAAUUAGCUUACAUUUUUUUGGGAGGGUGAACUUCAACUUCAAGAUAGUUAGUUACAGAGAGCCUAUCAAUGUAGAUGGGUGGUUGCUGUUGACAAAAUAGGUUUAAGCUUGUAUAACUUUGGUUAAAGAGAAAGUUAAAAUGACGCGCGCUACGAGGAUAUAGGUAAGCGCCUCUUGGCACACCAGGUAGACUGACUACAGAGACUCAAGUAUUGAAGGACCAAUGCGCAAUGGAGACAAGCAUUUCCUUGUUUGUAAUGCUAUCCAAAAUACUUAUCUAAAUUGAGGAAACGAGAAAAACGAGAAAGUCCGGCAACAUGUAUAACCGCACCAGCAUUAGAGAGCCGACAGAUAACUCUGUGACACAUUUCCAACCACUGCAAGACGGAGGCGCAUUGGAGUCUGGAUUUGAACCAACUAAUAAUGGACAAGACUCCCAUAUCAAGCAAUCUGGACAGGCUAACGUCUUGGACCGCUUGUCUAGAGCUGGUGUUCGGGCAUUCCCUGCCAGUGCCACUACUUAUGCUUCGGCACGCAGAUCAAGGCUGCAGAGACAGCCAGAGGUGUGGGAGACCAGCAGUAGCUCACCCGAGAGAGGCUCGCUCACACCCGCCAUGCGUAAAAGAUACCUGAAGGACUUAUUAUUGAACAACUCCUCAGGUGGAUUUGCUAGUGUUCUGUCUUCAAAAGGUUCCGGUGCGUCUUCAAGGGAGGUUGGUGAGGAGGAGGAGGAGGGGGGGGGAGGUUGGGCUCUGUGCCCCAUGGAACACGCAUGGAUGUUGUCUGUUGUAGAUGGAAACUAUGAAACCAUCAUGGACUUUCUUUCUGAAGAUUCUAGUCUACUAACCAGGAAAGAUUUUGUCAGUGGGUUUACAGUGCUACACUGGUUAGCCAAAAGUGGCCAGGGUGAGACACUAAUACAAUUGUUAAGGCACGCUGAAAAGGAGGGGAUUCCAGUCAACGUGAAUUUGAAGGGCAGUGGGGGGCUCACCCCACUCCACGUAGCAGCUAUGCACAGUCGAUACAUGGUAAUAAAAAUUCUAAUCGGUGCGUUCAGUGCCAAUAUCGAUGCCAUGGAUUACAAUGGAAGGAAACCGUGGCAUUAUCUGAAGGGCAACGCCCCUGAUGAGAUGAAGGAGCUUCUUGGCACUUGGGAUGAUGAGCACCGUAGUGUGGGUCAGCAGAACACUAACAACAGUGCCACACUAGUGCCCAAGUCAGAAUUAAGUGAUGAGGAGAGAGACGAUCCAGUCUACUUUGAUCGGACUCGAAGGAAUUGCAGCUGGCGCGGGUCAUUCAAAAAGUUUUUGGCUCCAUUCGUGUCUUUUGUGAACAAAAGUUAAAGGUCAGACAGCCACACAUUUUUUCACGCGAAAUCAAGCAUUAUCGACUCAUUGAGCAUCGUUUGUAAAGACUUUUACGCACAGUAGGCCUAGGCUUGGCGAAAAAAACUGAUUAUUGGCUGUGGUGGAACAGUUUUCUGCACAAAACAAUCAAGUCCUGUUUUACUUUAAUCUUCAGAAUUUACUGUAUUAAAUUCUCAUUAAAUAAAUACACUGUUCUAGUUGAAGGCA